GCUGACAUCGUUCAACUACCAUUCUUUGCUCUUCCUAUUAUUAAUAUCUUGAAGCAUCUUCGUUUCUCCAUGCAAACUCAGUUGCCCAUUGCGAUCCAUCCAUCCAUUGAUUUCCCAGAAAUUUGUGCCGCAUGGCUGACUCUGAACACUCGUCUUCAGACGAGCUUAGGUUCCAAACCCCUUCAAAUGACACUUUCACCGAUACUGGAGGGGAAACAAGUGAAGAAUCCAAGCCAGAUUUCUCUGAAGAUGAGGAAAUGCUUAUCAUAAGGAUGUUCAAUCUGGUUGGAAAAAGGUGGCCUCUGAUUGCUGGAAGGAUCCCAGGAAGAACAGCCGAGGAAAUUGAGAAGUACUGGACUUCUAGAUACUCAACAAAUGAAAGAAAUUUGUUGCUGCCCUCUAAGCAUAUGUGGUUUGGAUAUCUGAGGAGAAACCUCUGUGGAUUCGACCAGAAUUCGUUUUCAAAUCUCCACAACUGCAUGCCUUCAAGAAACUAACCAUGCCCUAGCCAUAGAUACCGACGUUUUGGAUUUCACGGCCCUCAAACCUUCGGUUAGUGUGCAAAAAAUGUGCUAUGAAAAGGAGUCCAAUGUUUGAUUUUUCUGUUUUUCUUUUUAACUUUCUUUCAGCUUUGCAUGGGAGAAACUAGAAAGACUAUAUAUGCUGUCAAAAGUUAUCACUUCAAGAAGUUUCUUAGCACGAACAGGGAAAUUAACAUCAUUAGCGCGAACCAGAUGGGAAACAACUUCAAACAACAGUACCUAUAUAUAUACACACAAUGAUACAUAUCAUCUUCUCAAACCAUUCUCAACCUCAACAACUAACUUCUCCCACUUUAAUUGAGAACCCAAAUCAAACAAAACCAGCUAGCUUCGCAAAACGCGUCCAUUCUCUUACGAAGGAAAAAAAGGGUCCCACUCUUCGGAAACCUCCAUCUCUCCUCGAAGCUAAGCAGUAAACCCGUCUCUCUUCCCCCAAAUUCUCCACGAAAUGCAAACCCACACUCUAAAAAAUCACUUUCAAAUUCUUCAAUUGGGCCAAAACGAACCUCGGAUUUCAUCCCCUGUCCCACUGCCGAAUCAUUCAUUCAGGUCAUACUUCUAUCGGGUCUUGCCGAACCCGUAAAGCCUUUAUUGGGUUCUCUGAUUCAGAUCAACCCUGGAAUGGGCCUGGACACGGCUUGUACAGUGCCUCCCUCGAAAUCGAGAGGCAGAGAUUUUCAAUUUUAAAAAACAAAAAAAACCUAUCCCAAAUGUGUAAAAAAUUAUUUGCUCAAAGUAUUAUGCAAAUCUUUAAAAAACAAUGAAUUUAGCUUUAAAAAAAAUUGGAAAAUGAUAGUAUUAUUAAAAGAAUAAUGCUAUUUUAUC